AUGAGUUUGCCCGACCCACCCACGUCGCUGGACGGCUCUUGCUCCGUCAUCCACGAUGGCAAGCUUUACUCCUACUCACCCUCGGGGUUUUUGUCUCUCGCCAUGAAAAAAGAUGCAGAAUGGGAGGAGCUGACGAUGGGAGAGGUGGUCUCUGGGGCCGUCUGUGUUGAUGCUUCCAGUGCCGGAAUUCUCUGGAUUGUUGGUGGAACUGGCGGUUCAGACGCAUAUACCGGCCUGCAGAAGUACACAUACUCGACUGGCGAGUGGACCACCGUCACCCCCACUAACCUGAUCUCCAAGAACCUCCAGUGGCAUGGUUCGACCUACAUCCAGGACAGCGAUGCCAUCCUCAUCUACGCUGGUAGCCGCGAUGGAGUACAGGCCGCCUCCGCCGAAACCUGGACCAUCCAGGCAUCCGAACCCUUCAACGUUAUAUCCCACAACCCUAGCUCCCAUCCGGCAAUUAGUCCUAUUCUUCUGAACUGGAGUACUGCCGAGUCUUGCUUCGUUGGCGGCGAUGUCUCAAACACUGCUGUUCCCAUCUUCAACAUUAAUAACGGCUGGAGAGAAUUCUCUACUCUUGAGCAACCCCUGACCAAAGACUUGACUUCCAUGCAGGCUGUUAUUGUUGAUGGAUCAGAUAACUCCAAGAACCUCCUCACUUUCGAUCUCUCGACAUCCCCCAACGAAGUCCGUCGAUUUGUUGUCCAGGACGCCGGUGGUGCUGCCAUUGCCAAUUCUCCCGUCAUUGCCAAGCGUGACCUCACUGUCAGUGAGUGGCCCGAGUACAACUCCACUCUUGCCCCGACUGCCACCCGAUCCAACUUCGCCGUUGCCCAAGGAAACGGUCAAGUUGUCUUCUCGGGCGGCAACGCCAACGAACCUAUUGCAAUGUUCGAUGUGACAGAGAACUCUUGGCUCAAUGCUACCAAGGUGUUUGCCGGUGUCGCGGAACAACAGAUUCUGGACACCUCGUCAACAACUUCUUCCAAAACGAAAACCUCCAAGACUAAGUCAACCUCUACUAAGACUAAGUCCUCAACUCUGACCUCGGAUGCGUCAUUGACUACGGAUGCGUCAUCGACCUUUGCCACCUCCACUGUAUCGUCAACGGCCUCCGGAUCUUUGACACUCUCUGAUACUAGUGCCACGGCAACAGCCACCUCAACCGAGGCUGCCGCUGUCGCUGGAAGCAGUGGUGGUUCCGGCCUGGGCUCGAAUGCUGUGCUGGGUAUCACGCUUGGAUCAAUUCUCGGAUUCCUUGCCGUCUUGAUUUUGCUUCUGUUAUUCAUGCGCCGGAAGAAGAAGAGUCAGAACCAGAAUGACCAGGGCAACCACAACAGGGGCCUGUCCUCCGACGAGAAAGCCCCCAUGGUCUUUUAUGACGCCCCUCCCCCGACCUCUUCGCCUGGCCAUCUCCUUGGUCACAACUCCCAGAUGUCUCAAGAAUCUUAUUCGUCUAUGGCUAUCUUGAUGGGUCGUGCCGGAAAGCCCAAGCCGUCGGGCUUGAGUCGGAAGCCUAGCCACGACACCACCCGAAGCUCCGUCAGCUCUUUGCACAAGCAGCUGAAGGCUACUAUCGGCAAACCUGUUUUGCAGGAGAUGCAGCAUCCUGCCCUGCAGAACCAAGAGCCUCGGGGAGUUGCUUUCGACCCGAGUGUGGCUGAGCCCAGACCCCGACAACCAGGACCGAUGGAUACUGAAGAUGGAAUGCGAAGAAGCUCUGGCUGGAACCGGUACUGGUCCGGGGGUAGCGCUCUGCAGAUUCUUGGCUUCGGCGGUCCUAAGAGAGCCACUGGUGUCUCAGAUGACCAGAGCUCGCAUUACUCACAAACGACCACUCAGACCCACAACCUGCCUCGUAACCCCAGAGUCACCCAAGACUCGGCUACUGUGCCACCUCUGAACUUUGAAUUCCGCCCUGAGUUCAACCGUGUCAAUUCGGGUAGUCCCGUGGUGGAGCAGUAUGGUAAUAUUCCCUUCAGGGAGGGAGUAGCUGGAAAGAUCGAACGCCCUUCUUCAAAGGUGUCAUCUUCAGGCUAUUCCAGCGGCAUCCCGGAGAGCGUCAACGACCAGUGGGAAUCACACCAGUCAGCAAAACCCUGGGGCGCUGACCGGGCGACAAGCAGUGUCUACAACCCCAGCUUUUACUUUGGGACACCACUCUCACCGGGUCUGCCACCCCCACCAGGCGCUCCGUCGGGCGUGAGCAACCAACCCCAGCUCGCCAUGGCAUCAACAUCUUCCGAUAUGAGCUGGCUGAACCUUGGCGACCGGCAGCGAGUGUAG